AUGAUGUUCAAUAUAUUAUUUUUGUUUUCGGUUCUUUUUCUGGUUGAAAGUUUAGAAGUUGUCGAAUCGACUUUUCCGAUGUCUGGAGAUUAUAACGCGGAAAAAACGAGAUUGGGAGGAGUUGAACCUCCAACUUAUUCGAAAACUUAUCAUCGAGUGUAAGAAAUGUCCCAACAAAAAAAAAACACCAACAAUAUUUUUCAGUUUACCAGGUGGUCACGAACACGCUGAAGUAAAUGUUCUCAACCAACCUGGAGCAAACUCUUGGAGCUCAUCUUAUCAAAAGUAUUAGAAGUUGAAAUAUUCUAGAUUAAAAUAUCCAUUUUUCAGGCAACAAUCUUUCGGAAGUUCAUCCCCACAAGAUUCGGCGGUAUACCACCUUUAUUGGGUUUUAUGAAUAAAAAUUUAAACUUUCAGAGAAGUUCUCAGGCUUAUCAAAAUGCUCUUGCGAAUCAUAUGGCAAUGCAAAAAAUGCACCAAGAUAACAUGGUAAUUUGAUUUUUUGAACAAAUUUGGUUUUUUGGACUAUUCUAAUUCAAAUUAGAGUAUUUUUUCCUAUUUUCAUGAUAACAAACAAUUGUUUUUGUUACAGAUGAUGUCAAUGGGAAUGGGUCUCGGAGUUCCAACAGUUUAUGGUAAAAUAUCUCAAUUUGCUGAUCAUAAAAAAUUUUCAUUAUUUUUUAGGUUCAACUCAUAAGGUAAUAUCAACUGGAGUCGAUUCGGAUGAAAUUGGAAUUGAGGAUUAAUAAUUUUUGUGUUUUAUUGGAAAAUGUUCAUAAAAUUUUCAGUUUUCCCCAUAUGCUCCAGAAUUUGACAAUUGGAUGCAUCAACAUAUGAGAUUUAUGGAAAAUAUGAUGAAAUUUCAACAAAAACAGUUUGAGGUUCAUUUUUCUCUCUGUGUUUGAAAACCUAAUUUUGCAUGGAAUUUUGAGUUAAUAUUAAGUUUAUAGUAGAUUUAAACAUGAGAUUUUCAGAGACCAAAGUUUCGAAAAAGAAUAAUAAUCAAAACUAGAAAAAGGUCCGAUUUUUUGUUUUUUGAGAAUAUUGAAAAAUAAGGAAAUUUUACAGGCCAUACAAACAAUGAUUCUCGAAAUGCAAAAAAACAUGGCAACUCGUAUAAAAAGUAAUCGAAAUGUUUAUCAUUGA